CGAAACCACUGGAGCAAGUUCUCCGUGGUUCUCUGCGCGGACGGCGGCGCGAACAGACUGUUCGACAGUGUUCGCGAGAGAGAGAAGCUAGUUCCCCACACAAUAUGCGGCGACUUUGACUCUGCACGACUAGCCGUCCUGCAAUACUACCAGCAGAGAGGGUCCCGUGUCGUGAAGGUGGAAGAUCAGGACACCACAGACUUCGACAAAGCCAUGAGACAAGCAUUGGAUCUGAGGCGAAAAGGAGAUGUCGCAUUCUCCAGUAUUUAUGCAAUGAACGCUCUUGGAGGGAGGUUUGACCAGACUCUUGGGAACCUGCAGACUCUGUUUAUGUUCCAGACAGAUCUGGAGGGUACUCCUCUCUACCUUCUCUCAGAGACCUCUAUUGCAGUCCUCCUGUCUGCUGGAGAGAGUGUUGUGUCAGUCGACUCUGGACUGGAGCGAGUGGAGUGUGGUCUCCUGCCUUUAGGAGAGAGCUGUGGCAGCUGUUCCACCUCUGGCCUUCGCUGGAACCUCUCCAGUCAGGCCAUGAGGUUUGGAGGUCUAGUCAGCACCUCAAACCAACUGCUGCCUGCUCGACCUCCUGUACACAUCACCGCCUCAUCCCCCCUCCUUUGGACGAUGUCACACUCUCUGUGA